UCUCAGCAACAGCAGCAGCUCCGGAGAGCAGCAAUGACAACCAAAGAUUUGAAAUCAGUUUUAAACAUCUGUUUUGGAAACAAAAGCCCUUGCAAAUAUCAUGCGCCUGACAGAAGCCGAGACAAACGAGAGGUUUGAUUUCCAUAUUCAGUCUCCGUAAAUUCUGGGCUCUCCUGAUGGCUCUUCAAUUAGCUGUGGCGAAGUUUCGUGACUGGGAAACGUUGGAAUGAACAAUAUAUGUGUCUCAGUCAUUUUGCUUUGAUUUACAGAAAUUAUUCUCUUUGUAUUUUUCUUGCCUCAUAUGCAGGAAAUAAAACCAUUCUCAGUCUUCAUGUCACCGGAUUGUAUGAAAAUAUAACCUGCAAUCCACAGAAACUGAAAAUCACUCCCACUAAAGGUACAGUCAUGUUUUUUAGCAAACGUGAGGCUCAUGGUUUUGGUCUAUUUAACCUUCUCUGGAAAGAACGAUAAGAUACUACCUGCAAAUAUGUAUGGCUUCAUUAACACCUGCUUGAAGUCACUUGUGAUAGAAAAAUAUGGUGAAGAAACCUGGGAUUUACUGAGGGUCCAAACUGGAGUGCAGGAUACCUUUAUGACAUAUGAAGUAUACAAAGAUGAAAUAACACUGCAGCUAGUUGAAAAAGCCUGCAACAUGUUAGAUGUUUCACCAGAGGCAGUAUUGCGGCAGUUUGGUGAAUAUUUCUUUGAAUUUUGCAAAAAGUCAGGCUAUGACCACAUGUUGAGGACUUUGGGUGGGGAUCUUUAUGAAUUUAUAGCAAACCUGGAUGCUUUACACAGUUAUCUGUCUCUCUCCUACCAGGAAAUGAAUGCCCCCUCCUUCAGGGUGGAGAUGAAUGGCGAUGGAUCCAUGCACCUGCAUUAUUAUUCAGACAGAAGAGGCCUCUGUCACAUAGUUCCAGGCAUCAUGGGAGCUGUGGCAAUGGAUUUCUUCAAAACCGAAAUUUCAAUGGAAAUAAUCAGUCAGACUGAUGAAGAAGAACGCACUGGAAAAAAAGAACAUAUUGUUUUCCUGGUCACACAGAAGCCAGCGUUUCCUCCUAAAUGCCCAUCUAAGCCCCCACUUGUAUCCCAAGGCAUUAAGAAUAAGAGUUUUGAGAAUGCUUAUAACAAAUACAGAGACAGGAAAAACCAAGCAUCGGUCUGUCCUGUAAAGAAGAAUCACUGGGCGACAAUAAGGGGCAUAGUUCAACUUGGAAGAGGUCGAAUGUUAAGGGGAUUUCGUCCCGUAUAUCCCAAAGCUUUGUGGGUUGAUGUUGAAACCUUUUGCAAAGGACUGCCUUUCCACAUUGUAUUUGAUGAAGAGCUGAGGGUGAAGCAAGCAGGCGUGAGCGUUCAAAAGAUAGUUCCUGGACUCCAAACCACCGGCAUUCGUUUAGAUCAGUACUUCAGCACUGUGCACCCAGAGGUCACGCUAACCAUUUCCAACGUCAGAAAGUUUAUCAACAGCCAGUUUGUAUUCCAAACGAAGAGAGACAUGAUGCCUGAGUCCUGGAGAGACCGCCCAAUGCUUGAGUUGAGAGGUCAAAUGAUAUGGAUGGAAAAACUCGAGUGUAUGUUAUACUUGUGUUCUCCUCUGCUUCGGACUUUACAUGAGCUGGAAGAGAGGCAGAUGCACAUCUCUGACAUAGCCCCACAUGAUGUCACACGUGAUCUAAUUCUGCUUAACCAACAAAGACUGGCUGAAAUGGAACUAUCCAAUCAGCUCGAGAGAAAGAAAGAAGAGUUGAGAAUCCUGUCCAAACAUUUAGAGGAAGAGAAGAAGAAAACAGAACUGCUGCUCUAUGCCAUGCUUCCAAAACAUGUGGCCAAUCAGCUUAAAGAAGGCAAGAGAGUAGAGGCAGGGGAAUUCAAGGAAUGUACAAUAUUGUUUAGUGAUGUUGUAACCUUUACCAACAUUUGCGCUCAGUGUGAGCCAAUCCAGAUAGUCUUCAUGCUGAAUUCUAUGUACCUUCGUUUUGACAGACUGACAACUGUUCAUGAUGUUUACAAGGUGGAGACAAUAGGGGAUGCGUAUAUGGUGGUGGGUGGUGUUCCGGUGCCUGUUUCUUCUCAUGCAGAAAGAGUUGCAAAUUUUGCAUUAGGAAUGAUUCUUAUGGCAAAACAAGUGAAAAAUCCAGUUAAUGGCAAUCCUAUUCAAAUUCGAGUUGGCUUACACAGUGGUCCAGUGUUGGCCGGAGUGGUUGGAGAAAAGAUGCCUCGAUAUUGCUUAUUUGGGGAUACAGUCAACACAGCCUCAAGGAUGGAAAGUCAUGGGGUUCCCAAUAAGAUUCAUCUCAGCCCAACUGUAUACAGGUACGUUAAAGGUAAAAAUUUUGAAAUAACAGAACGGGGAGAAAUUGAUGUGAAAGGAAAAGGCCGAAUGCGCACAUACUUCUUGAUUAGAAACUUGAGCGCCAAAAAGAAUGAGAUUUUAGGUCAAGCAAUAAAGGAGACUGAUUCAGGACGAGCAUCUGCUCAGUCUCUUAAUGAUGAUGCCAGCAAAAGAAACAUGCAAAGAAAUUCCCCAAGAGAAUCACAAGAGGAUGAUAUCCAGGAAAACCUCCCUAUCAUCCCAAUGCAAUAUGCGGAUAGUCUGCAAGUCUUGGACAAAGAGAGAUGCCAAAAAGUAAAAGAGCUAAAAAAAUCUAUUGCAGGUAAAUCGAGAAGCGACAGAAGCGUGCCUAGUCCCCAGCACUCAGCAGACGAUCCUCUUCCCGACCCAGUCGUUUCAGACAAGGACAAACCCCAGAACAGAACUGUCACGUCACAUUUCUGUCUUCUGUUAUAACAGACACCUGAUGUAGAACAGCUUGUACCUACAGCAAAUAUAUGAAUCCACCCCAAAGUAACUGUAUUUUAAUAUAAAUUUCCACUGCUAAUAUGAUUGGAAGUGACUAUAAUUAGCUAAAACAGGUACCAGUAAUGAAAGGGACCCACUCAUUCCUACUGUAGCUGUUUCAUGCUUCAUUAGUACAGCCAAGUAAUGCACGGUAUCCUGGAAACACAAGUAUGAAUUUAUUAACCUUCAAAGCAGGAUGAGAGGAAAUUCAUAUCAACAAACUGAAAAAAUCCUUUUCUUUCUCAGAUAAAAUGUAUUUUGCAACAACAUCUUUUUUCUCACCAUAUAUUCAUUAGGCAAGUUUGACAAUCCCACUAGGUGUUGACCACUCUUUAUGUGGUUCUUGUCUGAUCCACAUCAUAAUCCUAUUGUUAGCCCAUAGGCCAAUGUUAUAGUGCACAGGUGGCCAAAUCGGGGGGAGAUCCACAAGUUUUGUGACCUAGCCAGAUGAGCUGGUCUUCAUGUGUGUGGCCAAUUUAAAGCUCACACAACAAAACAAACUAACAAAACUGGGUGUGGGUUUGUUUAGACAGCAGCAGAUAUUAGAUAGCAAUAAAGGCAGGAUGGUCUGCUUCAAAUAAAGCAUUUUACUUGUAUAGGAUAAGAAUAACUGGUGUGACAAUUCAAAUGUACUUUCUGUUCGUUUGUUGUUACUAGUCCUGUAGUCUGAUCAAUUCUGACAGCAAUAAAAUUGUGUAUACAGUAUAUUUUCAUGGUUAAUAGGCUCUGUGUUAAAAUCCUUCCAUACAUCAAAUGAAACAUUCUGCCAGUGUAUUGGGUGACCACCAGAGGCUCAUGGUAAACAGCAUGGCAGCUCCAAUUAAAAUGAAUAAACAAAUACAGUACUGUAUCUGGAUAUUUAGAAGGCUGUCUUGGCAAAAUAACCUAUGCCUACACCACAUAGUAUCUUUUACUGUACUAUCCACUAGUAACUAAAUAGAGUACAUUUUUCAUUCCCAGUGGUGUUGCAGGGGG